AAAAACACUGUGGCAGAGAAAAGCGUGGAGGCUCUUCUCACAUCGGGGAAAAACAAAAGAAUUUCACCAAGCUUCGCUGAGUUUGGAUGAAAGCUGAGCUCUAACUGCACAGAAACUGUUGAACAUUUGAGGAGAAGCAGAGAUGUGGAGACAGCAGGCUGAACGGGGGCAGGAGGCAGCAGAAAAGGAGGACAAAGACGAUAAGCUGCGUCACAACAUCCUGGAGGCUGAUUUCAACCCCAAAGUUCUGCUGCACCGAUCAGAUGUUAUGCAGAUGUGGAUUGUUAAAGAAGAAGCUCCUGUAGACGACAGAUCUUCUGCUGACCUGGAGGACUCAAAGAACCCCUAUGUAAAAGAGGAGGAGGAGGAAGUCUCCACAAGUCUGUGGGGCGAACAGCUCAGUGGGAAGGAGGAGAUUGAUGCUAUUGGUUUUCCAGUCACUCCUACUCCCAUAAAGACUGACGAUAAUGAACUGUCUCCUCUGCUCUCACCCCUUUAUCCAGAACAAAUUAAAUUUAGUGAGCUUCCAGAAGAGAAUGGUGGAGGAGGAGAAUCCAUCAGGAUACAAGAUCAUGGAGAUAAUUUAAUUUCCUUAAGGAUGGAAGACACUGAGAAGAAUGAAGAGGGCAAUGAUGUACAUCACUGUGUAUCAGAGUUGAAAAACUUAUCAGAAACUGGACUGAAAACUAGGGAGAUGAACAAUUUGUGGAAGGAGGGCAGAGUUCUUGAAACAGAUGGAAACAUUAACAAAGCUUUCUGUUUCUCGCUGGAUGACAAAUGUGUUACAGAGAGGAAAAAUAUGGACCCACUAAGAAAAGUGCAAACAGGAGGGAAGUUUUGCUGUGAAGAUUGUGGUAAAACAUUUAAUGGAAAUUGCCCUUUAAACAUGCAUAGAAGAAUACACACAGGAGAAAAACCUUUCUGUUGUGAUCAUUGUGGACAAAGCUUUACCUUUAAAACAAAUUUAAACGUUCACAUGAGAAUCCAUACAGGACAGAAAUCUUUCUGUUGUGGUCAAUGUGGACAAAGAUUUUGCCAAAAAGCGUAUUUAAACACACACCUUAAAAUCCACACAGUAGAAAGAUCUUUCUGUUGUGAUCGAUGUGGCCAAAAAUUUACAUAUAGAACAAAUCUAAACGCUCAUAUGAGAAUUCAUACAGGACAGAAACCUUUCUGUUGUGGUCAAUGUGGACAAAGAUUUAGCCAAAAAGCAUCUUUAAACACUCACCUUAAAAUCCACACAGGAGAGAAACCUUUCUGUUGUGAUCUAUGUGGAAAAAGAUUUAGGCAAAGAGCACCUUUAAAAAUACACCGGAGGAUCCACACAGGAGAGAAACCUUUUUGUUGUGAUCGAUGUGGACAAAGAUUUAGUGAUAAAAGAAAUUUAAACACACACAUGAAAAUCCACACAGAACAAAAAUCUUUUUGUUGUGAGCAAUGUGGAAAAAGAUUCAGCCAAAAAGCAAACUUGGACAGUCAUAUAAGAAUCCACACAGGAGAGAAACUUUUCUGUUGUGAUCAAUGUGGAAAAAGAUUUGGGUAUACAACCAAUUUAAAAAGACACAUGAUGAUCCAUACAGGUCAGAAACCUUUCUGUUGUGAUCAGUGUGGACAAAGAUUUAGCUAUAAAAAUGUUUUAACCGCACAUAUAAGAAUUCACACUGGACAGAAACCUUUCUGUUGUGAUUUGUGUGGACAACGAUUUAGUCAGAAACCAACUUUAAACUCUCACAUGAGAGUUCACACACGAGAGAAACCUUUCUGUUGUGAUUUGUGUGGAAAAAGAUUUGGUCAUAAAGUAACUUUAAAGAGACACAUCAGAAUCCAUACUGAAGGGGAGUGAUUAGUCAGCUAUGACUUAUCGCUCAAACUGCACCGCUAUAGAUGGCUAUCAAAUGCAUGUGUUAAAAUACAACAAGCCGAGCUAAGGUGUGUUUUUAGUGCAUUAUAUAAGCACUUUUAUUGUUUCAGAGACAGAACAAGGGCACGUUGCUGUCAUUUACUUAACCAUGAGCUCCUCUGUAACCAAAAUAUGUUUGAGUCAAGGCUGAUUAGCUGAAGCUUGGACCAAAGUAAGGAUUAACUAAAAAAUAAGGAGUCAAGGUGUUGCAAUGCCCUAUUUAAAGCCCAGACCAAACCUUGAUUGAAAUAUUAUGAUCUCACUAGAGCUGAGCUGAAAUCAAUGUCUGCAAAUCUUAAGGGAAGUUUAUUUAUAAAGCACUUUUCAGUAACAAGAUGAUUCAAAGUGCUGUACAUGAAAGAAAAACAUUACACACAGGGAAUACAUUACAAAGGAACGCACAUUGCAGUGGAAAGACCAAGAUAUAAGACAAUUUGUGUGCUUCUGUGCUUUUUGUCUGUCUUGUUGUGUCUCUGCUCUGUCUUCUGUAACCCCCAGUCGGUCGAGGCAGAUGACCGUUCAUACUGAGCC